UUAAAGUAUUAAAGAUAUCGUGGGAUGAUAGUUUAUAGUUUAACAAUUUUCUUGACGUUUUCAAGUAUCUUACAUAAUCGAAAUAAUUUUUUGUAUCAGGUUGACAUAAACAACGUCGCUGAGAAUAAUUUUUUAAGACGAAUUCUGUGGACAGACGAGUGCACUUUCCGCAGUGAUGGACAAAUUAACAGACGUAAUGAACAUCAUUAUGCGGAAGAAAAUCCUCAUUGCCGAAAGGAAACGCACAUCCAAGGACAAUUCCACAUUAAUGUGUGGAUGGGAAAUUUGGAUGAUCGAGUGAUCGGGCCGCAUUUCUUUCCGGAAAAUGUGACAAUUACGGAACAAGUUUAUUCCGAUUUCCUGGAGGAAAUAUUGCCCGUUUUGUUAGGUGACGUUGCUGCUAUGCCGAACAUAAUUUCUCAACAAGAUGGGCAUCCCGCAUACACGUCUCUUCUCGCUCGUACGGUUUUAAACCGUGAAUAUCAACUGAGAUGGAUAGGCAUUCACAGCCCAUGUCAGGAAUGGCCUCCGCGCUUUCCUGAUCUUACGCCAAUGGACUUUUUUUUAUGGGGCUACAUGCGUGACAUCAUUUAUCAAACAUUGCCACGCGAUAGAAAUGACUUAAUUGCAAAAAUACGAGAAGCGAGUCAGAGAAUUACACCUGAAAUGUUGAGAAACGUUCGAGGAAGCAUCAUGAGGAGAAUCGCGUUAUGUGCGGAAGAAAACGGGGGAUAUUACGAACACCUACUGUAA